UAUAAUAAUUUUGAUAAUUUUUAAAAAUUUUUAGGUCUACCAUCAUUAUGGUAAGAAAUUUUAAACGGAAGUCAGAGCAGGGCAAAGACACAGACCUUAUACGGCGUGCCGUCAGAUCAGUUUUACAUGAUCAAUUGCCUGUCCGUGCCGUUGCUAAAGAAUUUGGAGUGUCAUAUAGCACCCUACAAAGACAUGUCAACAAAAUUAAAGCAGAUGCAGAUAAUCAACUCGGAAAUUGGAUGGACAUUGUAAGAAUUGUUUCUACGGCCAAGAUCGCUCAUAAUAUUGCCGUUCCUGAAAGUUGGUUGAAAAACAAAAAAGCCGGGAAAGAUUGGUUUACAUCGUUUAUGAAGCGGCAACAGAAUAUUAGCAUUCGACAACCAGAGGCCACAAUUUUAGCACGAGCCAUCAACUUUAACCGGCCAAAUGUUAAUCUAUUCUUCAACAAGUUAGCAACUGUAAUGGACAGGCAUCACUUCAGUCCAAAUGACAUAUGGAACGUCGAUGAAACUGGUGCGACAACUGUACAGAAGCCCUCUAAAGUUGUUGCUAAGAAAGUGGUGAUGACUUUCUUGCAUUUUGUAAAAUAUGCUCACCCUUCCAAAGAUCAUCCUAAGCUCCUGCUUUUGGACAACUGCGGACCCCAUAUGUCGAUUGCUACAAUUGAUUUUGCCAGGGAAAAUGGCAUAAUUUUGCUAAGUUUUCCUCCACACACAAGUCAUAAACUCCAGCCACUAGAUCGUAGUGUGUAUGGACCAUUCAAGACUUAUCUUAAAUGUGCCCAAGGGACAUGGUUACGCAACCAUCCUGGAGAGCGAAUGCCACAUGUUACUGUGGGAAAAUAUUUUGCACAUUCCUGUAGCUUUUUUUUUCUCUUUUGUGAUAUAACAACCACCAUUUUUAUUCAUCAAUACAUCAAUUGCUUGCAUUACAGACAUUCUGCAUUUACAGUUUUGAUAUUUCGCCUUUUUUCUUGAUUUUCUUAUUUUUUAAACUUCUCAUGAUUUCUUAUAUAUACAAUAAAAUAGGCAAAUUAAAUCGUACAAUUAACAUCAUACCAAUUUUGCACUCAGAGAAUGUUAAAUGAAGUUUCAAAAAUUAAAUUUAAGCAUAGUUCUAUAUAUAUCAAUCAAUCUAAAAAUGGAUAUUAAUAUUAUUUUAAAUUUUAGGUAUUAACCAAUUGUAAACAUAUUAAUAUAGAUUUUGACCAGUAUUUAACCUUU